UUUUCUUUUUAAAUUCAUAUAACACCGAUUAAAUGAUUUAAUUUAAUUCUUGUCUGUUAAUGGUGUGGGUUCAAACAAGGCGCCUUAAAAUCUGGGAUGUUUGAUAAUUUUUUUAGUAUUUUGUGGUAUUUUUUUUAUUCAGCUAGUUGGUCACUCUGGAGUGGUGGAACAAAAUAUUUAUUUUAUUUACAAGUAUUUUGUGGAAAUGGCGAAAUUACUCCAGAGAGUAGAAGUUAAUUUGCGAAGUUUUUACGUAUUCAACUCUAGCUAUUGUAAACGCGAAGGAGAGGAAGACAAGAAGGUUUUGUUUUAUCAUCCAAAUGAUAUAGAAUUAAACACAAAAAUCAAAGAUGUGGGUCUGAGUGAGGCCAUUAUUCACUUUACUGGCACCUUUACCUCUGACGACGAUUGCCAGGCAUUACAUACACAAAAAACUACACAGCUCUUCUAUCAACCCGAGGAUAAAUACUGGAUGGUUUUGGUCUUGAACGUUCCCAAGGAGGUGCGUCUGAAGGAUGGCGUAGAAGUGGCAGACUACCGAGGAGCAGAGAUCUGUGACAGGAUUUACCGAGCCAUCCUCAAGCAGUGCUACCAAAUGUUUCGCUUUCUAAACGGAACAUUUAAUUGCAUCGGAUGGGAGGAACAGAAUCUAGACCAGCGCAGGGAAUUGCUCUGCCAAAAGCUGCAGGCAUUCUAUGAUAAAUACUUGACAACUCUUAAAGAUCUGGCCCAUUGUGAUAUCGUUGACAUGCUUCACUCUAUUCAGUACAUGCCACUGGACAAAUCGCUUUUCCUGCGAGCUCAGAACUUCCGGAUGCUAAGCGAAGCAUUUCCGUCUAUCAAAGAAACUGUCAUGCUCUAUCAAGAGCAGAUUCUUUGCGGUGGUAGGCUUCUCCCCGAGGAUUUGUAUUGCCUUCAUUCCUAUAUCGUAAAGAAUGUUUUAAAAGAUGAUGCCAAUAGCUCCACCAUAGCCGUAAGUCCUUCGUUGAAAAGAAGUAUUAGCGAAAGCCCAUUCGAUGGUUUUGUGAGAGCACAGCUGGCGGGGGAGGGUGACGGGCAGGAUACGGGAGAAGAGUCACCCCUCAAGAUUUAUAUUUCGCUGGAAAAGAAAUUGAUGCCUUACUACAUGCUCAUCUAUCGCGCAUUGAACAUUACUCUGUGUCUGUUUAUAGACGCUGAGGAACCUGAACCAAAACAGGCCUUCUACGACGAACUUCAUGCUUAUAUGGCUUCCCAAUUAAAGGCCUUGGCACGGGACGUUGCCAGCGAGCUAGCGAAGGAGGCAGCUGGCGCAACUGGUCACGACAGCAGCAGCGAAUCAGCCCCAAAGUACCUGUUCAUCAACGAACAGAGCCUGCAGCAUCACUCAAACCUUCCCCGACUUGUUCCCCAAACUAUACCCCGUAAUGUGAUGAGCAUCAUAGCUGAUCUGUCUCAUCCCUUCGAUAAAUCCGGGCUGGACAGUUCACCUGCCGAGGAGUUGCAGGUGAAGACCACCAACGACUACUGGAUUGUUAAGCGGUGCUGUAAUUUCCGGCAAUACUAUGUGAUUCUGUGCAAUAGCAAAGCUACCCUGUUGGAUGUGACCCAGGAGGCAAGACGCAUUUUCGAGCAGGAGCUUACAGAUGAUGUAUUCUUUGACAAAUAAACAGGAGAAUCAAAUAGAA